GAAGAAACCACUUUCACAUUCGCCGGGCUCCAACAAGAUGGCGUCGACGUCCGUGCUGCAGCACUUUGAGACGUACCAAAAGGCACGGGUGAGCUUCGUCCAGGCCGUCGCAGAGGCAGCGACGCGCCCGCAGAACAUCGAGGUCAUGCAGAACGCCGGAGUAAUGCAGCUCCUUCGCCCGCUCCUACUGGACAACGUACCUAGCAUUCAGCAGUCGGCAGCGCUGGCCUUGGGUCGGCUCGCCAACUACAGCGACGACCUGGCCGAAGCCAUUGUUGGCAACGAAAUUCUACCGCAGCUUGUCUACUCACUCUCAGAGCAAAACCGAUUCUAUAAGAAGGCUGCGGCUUUCGUGCUUCGCGCAGUGGCCAAGCACUCGCCAGAGCUCGCUCAAGCCGUCGUCGACUCUGGUGCGCUCGAGGCGCUGGUCCCGUGCCUCGAAGAGUUUGACCCGACCGUGAAGGAGGCCGCGGCGUGGGCGAUCGGGUACAUUGCGCAACACACGAGCGAACUCGCGCAGAGCGUUGUGGACGCUGGCGCCGUGCCUCUCCUCGUGCUCUGCAUCCAAGAGCCCGAAAUCACCCUCAAGCGCGUCGCAGCCUCAGCGCUUAGCGACAUUGCAAAGCACUCACCCGAGCUCGCGCAGGCAGUGCUUGACCCAGGGGCCGUAGCGUACCUGGCCCCGCUCGUGCAGCACCCGGACGCCAAACUCAAGCGGCAAGUAUGCAGCUGCCUCGCGCAGAUCGCGAAGCACUCGGUGGAUUUGGCCGAGGUCGUCGUCGAGGCCGAGAUCUUCCCCAACAUUUUGCACAACCUCAACGACAUCGACCACUGCGUGCGCAAGAACGCGGCGACUUGCAUCCGUGAAAUCGCCAAGCAUACACCGGAGCUCGCCAAGCUCAUUGUCAAUGCUGGCGGCGCCUCGACGCUUGUCGACUACGUGGCCGAGGCGUCGGGCAACAACAAGCUUCCGGGCAUCAUGGCGAUCGGGUACAUUUCCGCUUUCAGCGAGACGCUGGCGCUGGCCAUCAUCACGACCAAGGGCAUUGCGCCUGUCAAAAACGCCCUCGUCUCAGAGCCCGAAGACCACAUCAAGGCGGCGAGCGCCUGGACGCUGGGACAGAUUGGGCGCCACACACCCGACCACGCGCGCGCGAUUGCUGAGGCCGACGUGCUCCGGCACUUGCUCGCGUGCAUGAUCCACCCGAAUUCAUCGGACGACCUCAAGACCAAGGCGAAGCGCGCGCUCAAGUCGAUUCUCGCCAAGUGCACGCACCUUCAGGCGCUCCAGCCGCUACUGCGCGACGCGCCCAUGAAGGUCCAAAAGUACAUUCUCAAGCAGUUUGCGCAAAUGCUACCCCACGAUCUCGAGGCGCGCAGGUCCUUUGUGCAGAACGGCGGCCUUCAGUUCCUUCAGGAGCUCAGCGAGGCGGCGGGUGGAAAGCUCACCGAGUACAUCAUGGAGAUCAACAAUUGCUACCCGCCCGAGAUUGUCGAGUAUUACUCGCCCAACUACUCCAAGACACUCCUCGACAAGCUCGACGAGUACCAGCCCCAAGUGCGGUAAGGCAGCUAUAAGAAACAGCUUGCGCUUAACCAAGUGUAUAUAUGUAUGCACACCAUUGUCGAA